AUGAUGAACAAUAAAAAUAGUCUCCGGCUUGCCAACGAAACUGCUCAGACAGAAUCCAAUGGCUUACGAGCACGAUUGUGUGCAUUUAUCGGAACGAAGAGACUUCUCGUAAUUCUUGCCGUUAUUGUCAGUAUCCUGGUGAUCGUUGCUAUUACAUUAGCCGUUGUUCUCACUAGAAAAGCCAAAGCAAAAGAGCCACUUACUACACCUGUAUCAACUGCUAUCAACAGCUCAGUCGCAACAAUACGAGAGGAGGUGAUUACAUCAACAGCAGAACAAAUAAGUGUAUCAGCAGUGACAGAAACAGCAGAAGAGAAAGCAACUGCGUCAACAAUAGUGACAACAGAGCAAGAAACUGCGUCAACAGCAAAAGAAACAAUUGAGUCAACACCAGCGACAACGGAAGGAGGAACUAUGGCAACUAUAUCGAGUAGUGGUUUUUCUGAAGUAUUUCAAUGA